GUUUUGUCUUAUCUCAGAUAGCUGACAUCGCUGGACUUCUUCUGCUCCUGUGACGGACAACAACAGCAAGUUCUCUCCCUCAGGGAUGAAAUAUGCACACUCUGUGCCCGUAGAAAAAAGCAGACGACACACACCGUAAAGUCCAAAGUGGUUUUAAAUCAUGAUGAUGCAGGAGUCGGCCAGAGAGACAAUAAGCAACAGUUCAAUGAGUCAAAAUGGAAUGAGCACCCUAAGCAGCAGCCAAUUAGAGGCUGGCAGUAGAGAUGGGAGAUCAAGCGCUGGUGACAUGAGCAGCGAAGUAAGCACAGUCGAGCUGCUGCAUCUGCAACAACAGCAGGCCCUACAAGCAGCGAGGCAAUUACUCUUGCAGCAACCAGGCAGUGGCCUGAAAUCUCCAAAGAGCCGGGACAAGCAGCGUCCACUGCAGGUACCAGUGUCAGUGGCCAUGAUGAGUCCCCAGGUGAUCACGCCGCAACAGAUGCAGCAGAUCCUCCAGCAGCAGGUGCUUUCCCCCCAGCAGCUCCAGGCUCUGCUCCAACAGCAGCAGGCUGUAAUGCUGCAGCAGCAACACCUGCAGGAGUUUUAUAAGAAACAACAGGAGCAGCUUCAUCUGCAGCUCCUCCAGCAGCAGCACCCUGGCAAGCAGGCUAAAGAGCAGCAGCAGCAGCAGCUGGCCGCCCAGCAGCUCGUCUUCCAGCAGCAGCUCCUGCAGAUGCAGCAGCUCCAGCAGCAGCAGCACCUGCUCAACAUGCAGCGGCAGGGCCUGCUCUCGCUGCCCGGGCCCGCGCCCGGCCAAGCCGCCCUGCCCGGACAAACCCUGCCCCAGCCAGGCCUGAGCCCCGCAGAGCUCCAGCAGUUGUGGAAGGACGUGACCGGAGGCGGCGGUCACGCCAUGGAGGACAACGGCAUUAAACACAGCAACAGCGGCAGUGGCACCGGCGGGGGUGGCGGCGGUGGCGGCGGUGGCGGCGGUGGCGGCGGUGGCGGCGGUCUGGACCUCUCCACCAACAACUCCUCCUCAACUACCUCCUCCUCCAAUCCCGCCAAAGCAUCGCCGCCCAUCUCUCACCAUUCCAUCGCCAACGGACAGUCCCCCGCCCUCAACCACAGAAGAGACAGUUCACUACAUGAAGAAUGUGGAGGGACCCACCCCCUGUACGGUCACGGCGUGUGCAAGUGGCCCGGCUGUGAGAACAUCUGCGAGGACUUCGGACAGUUUUUGAAGCAUUUAAACAGUGAACAUGCCCUCGAUGAUCGGAGCACAGCCCAGUGUAGAGUCCAAAUGCAAGUCGUACAGCAGCUGGAAAUACAACUUUCUAAAGAACGUGAGCGUCUUCAGGCGAUGAUGGCCCACUUGCACAUGCGGCCCUCGGAACCCAAGUCAUCUCCCAAACCACUCAACUUGGUGUCCAGCGUCACCAUGUCCAAGAACUUGCCCUCAGCAUCGCCCCCCAACUUACCUCAGACACCCACCACGCCCACAGCACCAAUCACACCCAUGGCCGCCAUGCCCCAGGUGCCAUCAAUACUGGGAGGAGCAAACGUCCCCAGUAUGGGAGCCAUGCGCAGACGCCACUCGGACAAAUACUCCAUGCCUCUUUCGUCAGGUGGUGACACAGUAUUUAUUUUUCCAGAGAUUGCCCCAAACUACGAGUUUUAUAAGAACGCAGAUGUCAGACCGCCAUUUACUUAUGCAACCCUCAUAAGACAGGCUAUCAUGGACUCUGCCGACAUGCAGUUAACGCUUAAUGAAAUCUACAGCUGGUUCACACGCACAUUUGCCUACUUCAGACGCAAUGCUGCAACUUGGAAGAACGCUGUUCGCCACAACCUCAGCCUGCACAAGUGCUUUGUGCGCGUGGAGAACGUGAAGGGGGCGGUGUGGACGGUAGAUGAGAUGGAGUACCAGAAACGCAGGUCGCAGAAGAUCACAGGAAGCCCAUCACUUGUCAAGAACCUGCCCUCCAGUCUUGGCUAUGGAAGUGCACUAAACGCCAGCUUACAGGCUGCCCUGGCUGAGACCUCCCUGCCCUUGCUGGGGACCCCCGGCCUCAUGAACAGCGGCUCCACGGGCCCGAUGGGCGGCAGCUGCCACGGCCUCCUGGGCGGAGACCCGUCCAUCCUGACGGGCUUGAGUCCACCCGGUAUGUUGGGCGGGAGUCCGCACGGACUGCUGGGUGGCAGCCCCCCCACCAUGAUGCACUCUGCCCAUGAUGGUUUCAACGGCUCACUCGACCACCUGGACACCAACGGACACAGCAGCCCCGGAUACUCCCCACCAGUACACAUGCCCAUUUACGUGAAGGAGGAGCCACUUAACAUGGAUGAAGAUGACUGUCCGAUGUCACUGGUGACGACAGCCAAUCACAGUCCAGAGCUGGACGAUGACCGGGAGCUGGAGGAAGGGAACUUAUCAGAGGACCUGGAGUGACUAGGAUACAGUUUUUGGUCAACAUGUCCCUUCCCCCAGCCGCACUGUUACUCUCACACAAACCUCCUGCAAGACUAGAAACCACUCCACAGUCCAAGCAACCACAGCUGACUCUCUCUUUGUCUCUCUCACCACUGGGACUAUUUAUUGAGCAUGCAUCCGGAUGGAGACCGGUCCAAAGGAACUCUUUGUUGCAGCCCUUUGGGAUCCCCACACAUGACAGGCAUGAGAUGUCUGAUUAGAAGAAUUAACUCUUUGAGACCUAUUUCAUUAGACAAGGCGUGGCCACACACAGUACAAGGAUGAUGGACUCAUGGAUGGGGGAAAAACAUGAAACAAAUGAGCAAAUCAUGUUCCGUUGAAAGCUAGCGGCCUCAUAUACUGCCAAAAAGGAAGACGUUUUAUGUUUGUGAAUAAUCCAACCCCCAGUAGUUGUUCAUGUCUAGAGACAAUUGCUGGUUCAAUUCAAGUUGUUGCUCUGUUAUCAUUUGCACAGGAGUAGUCUCAGAAAUGUGUGUCACUGCCUGUAUGUUGCUACUAUAAUGAAAACCAGUAUAUUAUUUUUAGCUUCUUUUUUUUCCCAUCGUUAAUUUCUAAAUCUGAUUUUUAGACACUAGACACCAACAACUGUAAAUGCCAUUCCCUGAAUCACAUCAGUAAUGGAAAUGCAGUACCGAGACUGUUGUUGCAGCUGUCCAGAAAAAAAAAGUGGAGAGAAAAAAAAAGAAGUUGGCUUCCAGUCUAUUAUCUGUUUGUGAUUAAAAGUAAAGAGAAGAAGAAGAAAAAAGAAAGAAAGAAGAAAAAAAAAACUGGAAAUUAAGAUGGGGGAAAAUAGUAGUUUGUAUAAAGCACCAUUUACAAAACAAAUGCAUUUCCGCAUAAUUUUCUUCUUGCUGUUCUCCUUACCUCCUCGUUCUAAAGCUUUGUCUACCUGCAAACAGUCACAGGCAACAGCUAGAAACCAAAGCCAACACUAGCAAUGGCCAAUAGCUUAUAGACAGAAGCCACCAAACUCCUCUUGGUCCGUCUUCUGUGACUUUAAACUAGUACAAAGAGAAGCUUUUGUUCCGCAAACUACCUUUGAAUAACCUCUGGGAUUGUUUCAUUUAGCCCUAUACAAAGAUGAU